AUGUUGCCCUGUAAGAAGAGAAGAACUACAUUUACAGAAUCCCCACAGCCUAAAGACAGCCAGGAGGAAGAUGACUUAGACCCAGAGGUUGCUGUUAAGUCAGAAUCUGAUGAGAUUAAAGACUUGGAGUCAGUGUCACUGUCCUGGGGUUCCUGCCAUGAAAGAGCAGCUGGCCUUGAAAUACAGUCUAUACAGGAUGCAGGAAAUCAGCUUGGUGUGGGAGAGCCAUCUUCAAGCUCCAGGAUACCUAUGCAGGAUACAAAUAUACCAAUUCUAGAAGCUGUCAAUGAAACCUUCUCUCAGGGAAUCACUAUACCUUCUUUGGAGUCUUUCCAGCCCCUUAACAUACAUAUUGAUAAAGGAAAGCUCCAGGUCACUGGUCCAAGAAGAAUGAAGAAAAUUGCACUGAGGCCUGGGCCCAUUACUAGAGACGAAAAAGGUGAUCAUCCCUUCACAAAGGAGCCUUUUCCAGGAGAGCCUAGUGAGGAAGUCAAGGAAGAAGGAGGAAAACUUCAGAUGCAUCCUGGAGGGGAGAUACCUUUGCUGGCUCUAGACAGCCACCCUACAAAACCAGAGACCCAGCCUAGGAAAUCAUUCCAGCCAAGUGUCUGUUCCUCUUCUCAAGAAAAACCACCUAGGACUCUAGGUCACCAGACUGAAGAAGAGAUGGAAGAUGGUGGACUCUUCAUUCCAGUGGAGGAGCAAGAUAAUGAAGAAUGUGAGAAAAGGCGAAAAAAGAAAAAGGGUACAAAAAGAAAACGUGAUGGAAGAGGUCAAGAAGAAGGGACUUUGGCUUAUGACCUGAAACUGGAUGACAUGCUUGAUCGCACCUUAGAAGACGGUGCCAAACAACACAACCUUACAGCAGUAAAUGUGCGCAACAUCCUUCAUGAAGUAAUCACAAAUGAACAUGUGGUAGCCAUGAUGAAAGCAGCAAUCAGUGAGACAGAAGAUAUGCCAAUGUUUGAGCCUAAAAUGACACGCUCUAAACUAAAAGAAGUUGUGGAGAAAGGGGUGGUAAUUCCAACGUGGAACAUUUCACCUAUUAAGAAGGCCAAUGAAAUUAAGCCUCCUCAGUUUGUGGAUAUCCACCUUGAAGAAGAUGAUUCCUCAGAUGAAGAAUACCAUCCAGAUGAGGAAGAGGAAGAUGAAACUGCUGAAGAGAGUUUAUUGGAAAGUGACGUUGAAAGCACUGCUUCAUCUCCACGUGGGGCAAAGAAACCUAGAUUGAAACAGUCUUCCGAGAUGAUUGAAACCGAUGAGGAAGGUGGCAUAUUAUCAGAGGCUGAGAAAGUCACCACACCAACGAUCCGGCACAUCAGUGCUGAGGUAGUGCCCAUGGGACCCCCUCCCCCUCCAAAACCAAAGCAGACCAAAGAUAGCACUUUCAUGGAGAAGUUGCAUGCCGUGGAUGAAGAGUUGGAUUCCAGUCCAGUCUGUGUGGAUUCUUUUCAGACUAUGGAUGACAGCCUUAUUGCAUUCCGAACCCGUUCUAAGAUGCCUCUUAAAGAUGUUCCCCUGGGGCAACUAGAGGCUAAGCUCCGGGCUCCAGAUAUCACCCCAGAUAUGUAUGACCCCAAUACAGCAGACGAUGAGAACUGGAAGAUGUGGCUAGGGGGACUCAUGAAUGAUGACGUAGGAAAUGAAGAUGAGGCGGAUGAUGAUGAUGAUCCAGAAUAUAAUUUCCUGGAAGACCUUGAUGAACCAGACACAGAGGAUUUCCGCACUGACCGGGCUGUGAGAAUCACCAAAAAGGAAGUGAAUGAGCUGAUGGAAGAGCUAUUUGAAACGUUCCAAGAUGAGAUGGGAUUCUCCAAAGUGGAAGAUGACAGCCAGGAGGAGAAGGAUCGUGUGGUUGAGUCUCGGCCUAACUUUAAUACUCCUCAAGUCCUUCGGUUUGAAGAACCACUGGCUAACUUGCUAAAUGAACAACAUCGUACAGUAAAGGAGUUACUUGAACAGGUGAAGAUGAAGAAAUCUUCAGCUAGACAGCAGCAGGAGGUAGAGAGGGUUAAACCCAAAAGUGAAAAAGUUCCUCAGACUCUGGUUCUAGACCUGGCACAAAGGAAGAGACUCCAACAGCAGAUGCAGCAGCAUGUUCAGCUCUUGACGCAAGUUCACCUUCUCGCCAGCUCCAACCCUAAUCUCAGUUCAGAGGCCAGUACCACGAGAGUAUUUCUUAAAGAGCUGGGAACCUUUGCUCAAAGCUCAAUCGCCCUUCACCAUCAGUUCAACCCCAAAUUUCAGACCUUAUUUCAACCGUGUAACCUGAUGGGAGCUAUGCAGCUUAUUGAAGACUUCAGUGCACAUGUCAGCAUUGACUGGAGCCCUCGAAAAACUGUCAAGAAGCCUGCUUAUGAAUUUCCAUGUUUGCCAAAACAAGUGGCUUGGAUCCUGGCAACAAGCAAAGUUUUCAUGUAUCCAGAGCUGCUUCCAUUAUGUUCCCUGCAGGCAAAGGAACCUGAGGAUAAGAGCUUCUUCACCAAGGCAGAGGACAAUUUGUUAGCUUUAGGACUGAAGCACUUUGAAUGCACUGAGCUUCCUAAGCCUCUAAUCAGCAAGUACCUUCUAACCUGCAAGACUGUUCACCAGCUGACUGUGAGGAUCAAGAACCUGACCCAAAGCAAAGCUCCGGACAACAUCAUUAAGUUGUAUAAGAAGACCAAACAGCUCCCUGUUUUGUUAAAAUGCUGUGAAGAAAUCCAGCCACAUCAGUGGAAGCCACCAAUAGAGAGGGAAGAACACCGACUCCCGUUCUGGUUAAAGGCCAGUUUGCCAUCCAUCCAGAAGGAACUUCAGUCCAUCUCUGAAGGGAUAGGAAAUGUGCCUGGAACACCCGAGACCAAACCAGACAUAGGCCUGGAUGAAGGCAGUUCAGAAUUGGGGAGUGAAGCUCGAUAUCCCCUGCUGUUGCCUAAGGGUGUAGUCCUCAAAUUGAAGCCAGUUGCCAAAAGGUUCUCUAGGAAGGCUUGGAGGCAGAGGCGGUCCUCAGGCCUUAAGCCCCUCCUGAUCCGACCCAGCCCUUCUCUCCAGCCUAGCUUCAACUCUGGGAGAUUGCCAGCCAGAUCAACUCAAUCAGAAAUCCCUCCAAGUAACAUGGUGGGUCAGAUUCCUCAUCCAGUCCAGACAGUGCCUGCUGUCCCUACACUGGAAGUCACAGGAGGCCAUGGUUUUGAGUCUUCUUUGGCACUGCCUGAAGUCAGAACCAGCUUCCCUCUCUCCUCUGCUCUUGUGCCCAAGAUAAUGCUGCCCUCACUUGCCCCCUCUAAAUUUCGGAAGCCAUGUGUGAAAAGGAAACCAUCAAAGAGGAAGGUGGCCAAGGCCCCUCCUUGUCUGAAACCUGCCCCCUUCAUUCACCCUGCACCUGUCAUCUUCACUGUUCCCGCCACCACUGUGAAAGUUGUAAGCCUUAGCAAUGUCUGUAAUGUGAUUCAGCCGGUCAAUGCAGCAGUGGCCCAGAGUUCCCAGACCAUUCCUAUUGCCACCCUCUUGGUUAACCCUACUUCCUUUCCCUGUCCAUUAAACCAGUCCCUUGUGGCUUCCUCCAUCCCACCUUUAAUUGUUUCUGGCAACUCUGUGAAUCUUCAUGUACCAUCUACCUCUGAAGAUAAGACCCAAGGCAAUCUGGACGUUGCUUGUCCUUUACCUGAAGGGAAUGAUGCUUUUCAAGUCCUGGAACCCAAACUGGAACCCCAGGAACUAUCUCCUCUCUGUACUCCUGUCUUCCCCAAAGAGGAGCACAGCCCAGGACGUUUACAAACAGAUGCAGGGCUUCUACACGCAGAUAGAAGGGCCAAGGAAGAAUUGCUGGAGAAUUCUCCCUAUCACUGGACUAUUGUGAAAACAGAGAAUUCGGACCAAGCCCUAGAGAUCUUGCCUCAGGGCUUCCAGAAGUCCCUAAACUCUCCCCCUAGGAAUUUAGAUGAAAUUGUCAAGGUAGAGCCUACAGAGUUUGUGGAGGAAAUCUCUAGUGAUUCCCCUGAAUCAAACAUAUUUGGUGUAAUUAAAGAGGAAUCUACCAUGGAAUUGGACACUAGCUCCCCAAAUAAUGGGUCAAGUGGUGCUAGAGAGGUGAGGAAACAGACAGUCUCACAAAAGGAGGAGAAGAAUCAGCCAACCAAAACCUCUUCAGCUUCUCAGCAGUCUCCUGAUGAAGGGAUUUCAGGAACAAAUGUGAGCAAAGAAUCUGCAACGACAGCUUCAUCCUCCACUGAUCCUGAAAUGGUACUUAAUAGUCCCCCAGGAAAGACUGAAGACUCAUCCAGUGUUGAUUGUCAGUCAGUGGGGACACCAGCUGGUCAAGAAACUGCAGGAGAGAAGGAUGGGCCAGAGGAAGAGGAAGAGGAAGACUUUGAUGAUCUCACUCAAGAUGAGGAAGAUGAGAUGUCAUCAGCCUCUGAGGAGUCUGUGCUUUCUGUCCCAGAACUCCAGGAAACAAUGGAGAAACUGACUUGGCUUGCAUCGGAACGGCGUAUGAGUCAGGAGGGGGAGUCUGAGGAAGAGAACUCCCAGGAGGAGAACUCUGAGCAGGAAGAAGAAGAAGAGGAGGAAACAGAAGGAAUAGAAAGCCUGCAGAAGGAAGAUGAAAUGGCCGAUGAAGCAGUUGGAGAUACUGCAGAGAAACCCCCUUCCAAUUUUACCUUGCCAAAGACUGCUCCAGAGGUGGAGACCCGAAGGACCCCCCCAGAAGAGAGCAUCAAAGCUGCCGGAAAGGGCCGGAACAAUCAUCGAGCUCGCAGCAAACGGGGGACUCGAGCCCGGGCCAGCAAGGACACCUCCAAGCUGCUUUUGCUGUAUGAUGAGGACAUUCUAGAGCGAGAUCCACUCAGGGAGCAGAAGGAUUUGGCCUUUGCCCAGGCAUAUCUGACCAGGGUACGAGAAGCCCUACAGCACAUUCCUGGCAAAUAUGAGGAUUUCCUUCAGGCUAUCUAUGAAUUUGAAUCAAGUACUCAGAGCCAGACAGCUGUGGACCUCUACAAAAGCCUUCGAACUCUGCUCCAGGAUUGGCCUCAGCUGUUGAAGGACUUUGCUGCUUUUCUUUUGCCUGAGCAAGCUCUGGCCUGUGGAUUAUUUGAGGAACAGCAGGCUUUUGAGAAGAGUCGCAAGUUUCUUCGGCAGCUGGAGAUUUGCUUUGCAGAGAACCCAUCACAUCACCAGAAGAUUAUAAAGGUCCUUCAAGGCUGUGCAGAUUGCCUGCCUCAGGAGAUAACAGAGCUUAAGACACAGAUGUGGCAGCUUCUCAAGGGCCAUGACCACUUACAGGAUGAGUUUUCCGUUUUUUUUGACCAUUUGCGCCCAGCAGCUAGCUGGAUGGGUGAUUUUGAAGAGAUCAAUUGGACUGAGGAAAAGGAAUAUGAGUUUGAUGGCUUUGAAGAAGUGGCAUUGCCUGAUGUGGAAGAGGAAGAAGACCCUCCCAAGAUACCAACAGCUUCAAAGAGCAAGAGAAGAAAAGAGAUUGGGGUCCAGAAUCAUGAUAAGGAGAGUGACUGGCCCGAUGGGACCAAGGACUGUGCCUGCUCCUGCCAUGAUGGAGGUCCUGAUUCAAAGCUGAAGAAGAGCAAAAGAAGAAAUUGUAGCCAUUGCAGCAACAAGGUCUGUGACAGCAAAUCCUGCAAGAGUAAGGAGUCCCAUGAGUUGGUGAGCAGCAGCCCCUGCCGAGAGGCCAGCCCUAUGUGUGUGGCUAAGGACACUGGGCAGGGCAAGGAUGCAGUGGAGGAAGAUGCUCCAGAAGAAAGAGAGAACACUGAAGUGACUCAAGGCAAGACUGGCAGGGCCACCAGAAAGGGAGACACAUCUAUUCCAGGAUUGGCAGUGGGGAGCACUUUCCUGUCCCCUCAAGAAGUGAUCCUUACUGACCGACUCCUGGAUGGCACAACACCUUGCUCACCAGAGACUUUGCAGCUUUCCCCUCAAACUGUUAGGAUAAAUCAGUCUGAGUCUGGGGUUGCCUCCUGCACUAAGGUGCCAUCUAAACGUCACAGUGAGAGUGAGGGCCAUAAGUUUGUGAAACAACCACAGACUUCAAGGCUUGGCUGGGAUACAGCAAAAACUGAACAACUGACUGGGACUACUGAACUUCCCUCUUCCUUCUUGAGUCCUCCUUCUCAAAGGACCAAAGACUUAGAAAGGAGAGAGAUGUCUGAGAAACUGGACACUCAGCAGAGCUGGCAGGCCUCAAAUAGAGCUGAGGUGAAGCCAUCCGACAGGAUAUCUCCUGUCCACCAAUCUUCAUCUGACACCUCAGAGACUUCUAAAACUCUUAGAGGGAGUUUGUUUAAGGACAGUGGGACGCAGAGUAAGGGCACAGAGGGAGAGCAGCAGCCAAAAGCCAUGGAAGCUACAGUAUGUGCCAACAACAGCAAGGUCAGCUCCACUGGGGAAAAGGUAGUCCUGUGGACAAGGGAAGCUGACCGUGUGAUUCUCACCAUGUGCCAGGAACAAGGAGCACAUGAACCAACCUUUAGUGUCAUCUCCAAACAGCUGGGGAAUAAGACUCCAGCUGAGGUUUCCCACCGUUUUCGUGAACUCAUGCAGCUCUUCCGUACAGCCUGUGAGGCCAGCUCUGAGGAUGAGGAUGAUGCAACCAGUACCAGCAACACAGACCAGCUUUCUGACCAUGGGGACCUUCUGUCUGAGGAGGAGCUGGAUGAGUGA